GUUUUAUAUCCUAACCAUUGCCUUCAAUCUCUGACCCUCACCUGUCUGCUCUGUUUUUAGGUCUUCUCAUUGGUGUUUGCUCGUUAAUGUUCUCUAACAAACCUUAGAACAGCUAGAUUUAUACUGAGAUUAAAUUGCAUAAAGGUGAAUUCUGAAUUCUCUGUGGGUACUCCGGCUUCCUCCCACAGUCCAAAAACAUGACUGUUAGGUUAAUUGGUCUCGCUAAAUUGCCCUUAGGUGUGACUGAGUGUGUUGUUUGUCCUGUGUGUCUCUGUGUUGCCCUGCGAUGGAUUGGUGACUUGUCCAGGGUCUACCCUGCCUGCCGCCCAUAGACUGUUGGAGAUAGGCACCAGCUUCCACCACGACCCACUAUGGAAGAAGCUGUAGAAAAUGACUCACUGACUGACUGGAACAAAGGGGAUUAAGAACAACAACACAUUUUUGGGAUUUUUAUUUGUAAAAAAUUUAAAACCGUGUAUCCCUCACCUCCUACUUCACAAUAAUACAGUACAUUGUGUUGAGCUAUCAAAUACAAUCCCACUAAAACACACUGAGGUUUGUGGUUUUUAGGUGACAAAAUGUGGCAUGAGUGCUUUUGUAAAGCACUGUAUAGAUGAUAACAUCUUCAACAACAAAAAGAGUUUGAUCCUUUUGUGGGCGUAACACAUGUAGCAGCUUCCAAAUGACCUCCAUCUUUCACCCUUUUGCCUCCCACCCCAUGUUCAUGAGAGGACCACAUGGUGGCCGACAGCUGUAUCUGUAACAAAGUCUCCUAGUGUCCUUCUGCUGUCAUGGAAUGGCUUUCAUUUUUUUGUCUAACUAGCUGUGUUGUGUUUUGUGCGCGAGUAUAUUUAGUAUGCAUUAUUACGCUGCUGCCCUCCUACACCACCCUGUGGGAUUUGUAGUGAGACCAGCUGCCCUGUCAAAACACAGAGGCACCAUUUCUGACAUCUGUGAGUGUGUGGAGGGACUGUGGAUGUAGAAGCACAUAGAGGAUUGUCAAGACGCUUGUGGACCUCUGAUUAAAUUGAUGGGUGCUGAAAAGAAGAAGGGACACUGAGGAUCUUGUUGAUUGACCAAUAAUUAAGUGGGUAAAAGGCUCCUAUAAGUUUUUUAUCAUUAGUAAGAAAAACAGGCUGGAAGUCAGGAGUUUCUACACUCAUUGACGACAAAGUUUCUUGAGCAACCAUGGCAUCAACAGGUCUCCAGGUGCUGGGCUUGGUGCUGGCCCUACUGGGUUGGGUGUGUGGGGCUUUGGUGUGUGCAGCUCCACAGUGGCGCGUUUCGGCUUUCGUGGGGGGAGAGUUAGUGAUUGCCCAGGUGUUAUGGGAGGGUCUGUGGAUGAACUGUCUGUCUCAGACCACAGGUCACAUCCAGUGCAAGACCUACGACUCCACCUUGGCCCUCUCCACGUCUGCGCAGGCAGCUCGAGGCCUGACGGUUCUUUCACUGCUUCUCAGCAUUCUGGCCGUCAUGCUUGGGGUAGCUGGGGCCAAGUGUACACACUGCAUGGGCGACAGUAACCAGGCCUCCAAAGCCCAACUGGCCAGGAUAGCAGGGGUGCUCCUCAUUGUGGCUGGCCUCGCUUACUUGAUGCCCAUCUGUUGGACUGCCUAUGCUACAGUCAGGGACUUCUAUGAUUCAAAUGUUGCAGCGUCUUUAAAAAGAGAACUGGGCCCUGCAUUGUACCUGGGCUGGGGGGCUAGCGUGCUGCUCCUCCUGGGGGGAGCUCUGCUUCACGUCGGCUCCUCUGCACCAGUAGGAAGAGCGCUACCCGUUUCUGGAGCCGCAGCAAAGCCCAGCCCAUCCAUGGUGGCAGCAGGAGAUGUGAAGCAGCAGGAAAAAUCUUUUGUUUGAGAUCACUUUGUUGGACUCCUGUAAAAUCAACAGUUUACUAUUACAAGCUUGUAAAAUCUCUGUUAUUCACUUCUAUGUAAUGAUAAGAUUUCUUUAAAACGGGCUGAUUUCAUGUCUUGUUCUACCUGGAGUCCUAUAAAGAGGUUCGGAAAAUCCUACUCACAGAUGAGAUUUCUUAGCAGUACUAAUAUUAAAGUUGUGUCCUACUUACUUUGUUCCUCAGGAUAAAGAUGUUAGCUAACUAAAAUCUAAACUAAAGUUAAGCUUAGGGUUAUGGCAAAGACGCCCUCCAAUUUCAAAAUACUGGAGCUCAUCACCAAAGAUAAAUUGUUAAAAUACCAGUGGAAGCAUACAAAUAUAGAUUAAAGUGAUUAUUUCCACUGAUUAUUGUAAAGGGUACAAAAAAUGUGGACAUGUGAUUUCUUAUUCCAAUUAUUUAUUUAUUUCAAAUGUAUUCUCCAUUUACACUGUUUUAUUAUCUUCUGAGAGAUCUCUGUCUCAUUUUGGUUUCAGAAAGAAAAAGAAAAUAAUUUCAAUCUAAAUCUGCCAGGCUUAUGAAUAGUUUUAGGCGUAUGUUGAAAUGUGGACGUGUUAAUGCACAUAAAGAAGGAUUACUAACUUUCAGGGCUUGUUGGAGUAGGAGUUGAAAUAAACAGUGGGAGGAUAUUAAAUAUCUUGAUGGUCACUAAUGUGCGUGGCUCACAUUUCUCAGAUUCCCCUCUGCCUCUGCCUGUGUGUGUGCAUGAAUGUGUGUGUGUGGGUGGUCUGUGUACUAAUAUGAGGGACUUAUACUGAUGCACUGUGCAUCAGUUUUUGCUGCAACUAUGCGUGGCUACGGGUGUUUUCAUUGUCUUUUUACUUUUUCUUUAUACAUCUUUUCUGUAAUGUGUGCCUUUAGUCUCAUUUAACGACAUUCUUUCAGUAAAGACCAAUGUUCUGUGACAUAAUGCUUUUACAAAAAUGUGUACGUUAAAAUACUGUACUUUUCUGUGAGACAUGUCAUUAUUUCAAUUAGCAGUAGGUUUAUUCUUAUAGCAAAGCAAAUGACUUUGGUUUAUUGAAGUAAUUUGUGUUCUGAAUAAAGUUGGUUUUACUUAA